AUGCUUUCCACCAAAGCUUUUAUCGUCCUAGCGUUGACCCUUGCGGCCGCCCCCUUUACGUUCGCGGCGCCCGCUGUCGUGCUCUCAGGCUCCAACACCGACUUGGGUGCCCGAGAUCGCGUUGAUUCGGACGGCUACGGCAUACACAGCCGUGACGAAGUAGUCUCUGACCAGGGUUAUGGUAUUCACAGCGCCGAAGAUGUUGUCCAGCGGCGGGGCUUCGGCAUACACAGCGCCGGUGCAGCAGUCUUUGGCCAGGGUUAUGGCAUGGUCUCUGUCGAUGAUAAACGCAGCAGCAGAUAA